AUGGUAUCAGAGCCACCGCGGUUCACCUACGCCGUCGCGGUCACCGGCUCCGGCGAGACCAGUCGCAGAGCCCAUUCGAUGCAGCCAACACAGCAACCUCCAAUCCAGAAUGCGUCCAUGGGCGAUCAACAGAGAAAUCUUGCUUCGCAGAGAAGCAGUGGUGUUGAUGAUAUCGAGAAUCCCUUGCAUCUCAACAUCAACGAAAAUCCGAGUGCCAUUUUGGUCAGUCCGCCACUCUCCGGCAGUGCCAAUUACGCCUCAUGGAGUAUUUCGAUGCAAGUUGCCCUAGAAGUCAAAAACAAGUGGGGCAUAGUUGACGGGAGCUUAUCACCACCAGAGAGAACCAAUGCUCUGUAUCCUCCAUGGAGGAGGUGCAACCUAAUGAGGCGCUUCUCUCAGCGAGAUGCGCACAGAAUUUCCUUUUUGCAGAACGAUAUCAACAACCUAACGCAAGGAGACAUGUCGAUCAAUGACUACUACACUAAGUGUCAGACUCUCUGGGAAGAGAUGAACACUCUCCGACCCUUGCCGAUAUGUAAAUGCCAGCCGCGUUGCUCUUGUGACUUGCUUGACCAAAUCAGGUUGGAUCGAGAGAUCGAUCAUGUCAUACGAUUCCUCCAGGGACUGAACGAAGAGUAUAACACUUUGAAAUCUAGAAUUCUUGUUCUCGAUCCCCUCCCUGAGAUGCACAAAGUGCUUGUGAUGGCUGAGAAACAUGAAAGACAGUUGAUAGUCACGAAUUUAAGCUCUGGAAAUCUCAGUUUCACCCAUGCCAACGCUGUUCAUACUGGACAGAACAAUGAAGAAGAAAUGGCGGCUGUAGUUAAUUUUUCCAAUUUCUCCAAUGGGAGAAGGGUGACACAAUCUGGAGGGAAUAACAGGAACUUAGCAAGAUGCACUUUCUGUGGGAUGACGGGGCACACCAUCGAAAAAUGCUACAAGAAACAUGGCUACCCUCCCGGGUGGGUGCCAGAUUCAGAGUAUUCUCUCCUUAAUUCAAAACCAAAUGGGGCAGAACAGGUCCAGCACAUCAGCAGUUGUAUCUCUGGUCCCAACUUCAACAAAGAGAACUCAAACACUGAAGGCAAGUACACUGAUCUUAUGCACAUUAACUCUGCUUAUCUGAAUUCUUAUGCUUGGAUUAUUGAUUCGGGUGCAACCGAUCAUAUAGUUUGUUCUCUAGAGUUCUUUGAUAAUUAUCGUACUGUGAGUGAAGCCAAGGUUAAUCUGCCUAAUGGGAAUCAUGCAACUGUUGAACAUAUUGGCAAUAUAAAGCUGAGUAAUGACAUUUGGUUGAAGGAUGUGUUACACAUACCUUCGUUUAAAUUCAACAUCAUUUCUAUUCAUAAACUUCUUCAGAACUCAGCUUACUCUUUGAUGUUUACCUAUGGUCAGUGUCUUCUUCGGGAGGACCAUGGGAGGAUGAUUGGAUUUGCUAAAGAAGAAUAG